AUCAUCCUGUGGGGUCGAACUGAGAAAUGCCUGAAGGAGACCACAGAGGAAAUCAGGAUGAUGGGGACAGAAUGCCAUUACUUCAUUUGCGAUGUAGGAAAUCGAGAGGAGGUCUAUCGGCAAGCCAAAGCUGUGCGGGAAAAGGUGGGUGAUAUCACUAUCCUGGUGAACAAUGCUGCUGUGGUCCAUGGUAAGAGCCUGAUGGACAGCGAUGAUGAUGCACUGCUCAAAUCACAACAUAUAAACACCCUGGGACAGUUCUGGACCACCAAAGCAUUCCUACCAAGGAUGCUGGAGUUACAGAAUGGACACAUUGUUUGCCUGAACUCUGUCCUGGCCUUGUCAGCCAUCCCCGGUGCCAUUGACUACUGCACCUCCAAAGCCUCGUCCUUCGCCUUUAUGGAGAGCCUGACCUUGGGGCUGCUAGACUGCCCUGGAGUGAAUGCCACUACAGUGCUGCCCUUCCACACGAGCACAGAGAUGUUUCAGGGCAUGAGAAUCAGGUUCCCUAAUCUUUUUCCUCCUCUCAAGCCAGAGACAGUGGCUAGGAGGACAGUAGAAGCCGUUCAGAUGAAUCAAGCCCUCCUGCUCCUUCCAUGGACAAUGCAUGUUCUUGUCAUCCUAAAAAGCAUUCUCCCUCAGGCAGCACUUGAAGAAAUCCACAAGUUUUCUGGAAGCUACACCUGCAUGAACACUUUUAAAGGACGAACAUAGACUUGAUGGUGCAAGGACUGUUCUUCAGUGAAACCAACACAAGCAUGCAAAUCCUGACAAGACUGUGAAUCAGCAGUCUUGGCUUUUAGCCUGUUCAUGUGACUUGCACUGCUCUGAGGCAACACAUUUCUUGCAGGUCAUAUCCAUAGUAACAUGACCUUUGCACAGGAUUGAAUGACUAGGCUGUGGACCCUUGGAAAGAAAAACGAAAAGUGUGAAAUGUUUAUAUGAUGUUUAAUUCUUUAGAGUUCAAUUGUUAAAUCUACUCAUAGUUUUAAGAUGUAAUUUUUGUUUCUAAAGUGUCUGUAAGCUGUCUCAACUGAGAGGCAGCAUGUUACACCCCGUACUUUAUCCCCUCUCUUCAGAGGAACUGCAAUUACAAACUGCUACUGGUUUCAUUUCAGCUUUUUGAAUGGGGAACUUAAAAAAUACUUUGAAGAACUAGAAGUUAUGGACACUGAAUGGAAGCUUCCUUUCCUUCCUUCACUUCACAACUGUUGAUGAAGCUGUUCCCAACCCGCAUCAGGGAAAAAGCUAACUGUGGAGCCAUGUUUUCUUUGUCAAAGGCCACCCAGGACUUCUGUAAGGACUGUGCUGGGCCCAAGAGAGCUGUCUUACUUCACCUGUGAAGGCUGGAGAGGAAUGCUCAGUCAGAAGAGCAGACAGUUUGAAUAGUGGAAGAUUCUUUCUGUCACUGAACUUACAUAUGAAAUUUAAUUGUCUUUCUGAAUAUUUUUGUUCAUUUAUGAUAAAAUAUAUAUAUAUUUUUAGCAUUAAUCCCAGAUUGCCACGCAUGUAGGCAGCAUCACAUUGGGGAUGAACUAAAUCUAGAACUAAAACUAGAGCCUGCUUGUACAAACAUACGUUCACUGACAUAAACCAUGCAGAAGAAAAUCCAUUGUAUCAAUCUGCACAGUGAAGUAAGUGGAAUAAUGCUCUAAAAAUAGAAGAGACGGUACUGUAGUGCUCCUGAAAUGUGACAUUUGGAAGCACAGUUAGCAAAGACCUGAUUAAAUGCACGUUGAAU